CCUCCCGGAGCCUCAGCCUCCUUUGUUGUUCCUCUUCUUCCCUUCAGCCAGCCAGGACGAUCCUUCAAGUGUUCUUCUCCAGAAAUGGCCAGCGAUGCGAGCCAAGGUGAAAGUCUGGAGAGACAGCAGAGUCUACCUACGUUGCCAUCGAAACUAACAUUAGACUACCUGAAGAAAAUUACUAAUGAUUUCUCCUCAGAUCGCGAACUUGGUCAUUCCGAAUUUGGGACAUAUUAUAAGGGAAUUCGUGGUAAUGGGGACAUUUUAGCUGUGAAGAAGCUUGCUGAAAACUCGCCACUGCCACGGAAGAAAACAUUUGAGAAUGAGGUUACAAACCUUAUGAAACUUCGACAUGAAAAUAUAACAGAGUUAGUUAGCUUCUGCCGUGAAGCGCAAAUGACAUUGGAUCAGCGCCAGGGAAGAUACGUGGCUGUUCAUGUUGACGAAAGUUUACUCUGCUAUAAAUACCUGUCUAAUGGAAGUCUUGACCAGCAUCUUUUCGAUGAAGGUCAUAAUAAAAUUGACUGGGACAAACGAUUCAAAAUAAUUAAGGGGAUCUGCCAAGGUUUACGUUUCCUUCACAAGGAAUUGGAUAGGCCCCUUGUUCAUAUGAACCUUGUGCCUAGCUCGAUAUGGUUGGAUGAUAACUGGGUGCCAAAGAUUGCUGAUUUUGGGCUGUCGAGACUCUUUGGCCAAGAGCAGACCCAGGUGUACACAAAGAAUGUUGUGGGACAACAUGGAUAUAUGGCUCCGGAAUAUCUAUUCAAUGGUGAAAUAACCACAGGGUUAGACAUUUAUAGUUUAGGUAUGAUAAUACUAGAGAUCGUCACUGGAGAGAGGAACGGUGCUAAUAGACAAGACAGGGCAGCAACGAAAUUUGUUGACAAAGUGCGUCAAGAUUGGAAGACAGAUGACGAUAUAACAUGCAAGUAUCCUUCACUAACUGUAUUUGGAUUAGAGCAAGUAAAAGCUUGUAUUGUAAUUGCGUUGAAGUGUUUGGAAGUUGAUCAGAACAAGAGGCCUUCCAUAGAGGAUAUCAUCGAUAAGCUCAAUGGGAAAUUUGUACCAAUUUUUCAGCAGCAUGAAUAAAACGUGGUCCUUUCGAGGAGCAAUUGAUGUCCAGUAUAAAGUAAACAUGCUCUAUUGUCAGCAGAGCUCACAUGUUUUCUUUCGGAAGCAAGACACUUUUGAAUACAUAAGACAAACGUUGUUCAUUUUAUGUCUUCUUUUUUUCAACAGCAGAAUUGCCUCUAUGAUUGUACUUGUUUCAAAUUAAGAUGUCUCUCUGUAAUGAAGAAUGGUUGUCUCGAUUGAUAUAUGACAUGAACACCAUUAGCUUGUGUC